AGCUGUUCUUUGUCGUGAUCAGCAUCUUCAUUCAGCAGGUUUGAUAAGACUAUUCUCAAACUUCUCCGUCAAAUUUUCUUUCCAUUCCAGGUCUUUUUUUUUUCCUCAUAAGAGAAAAACCGACAUCUUCAGCAUGAAGGGGACGGUUGUGUCUCUACUUAUUAUCACCAUGGUGGUGCAGACAUUGCCUGAAACAACUUCUCCAGACUGGCAGGAUUUCAACGAUCGCAGUUACUACUUUGACAGCAACGUCAAAAGUUGGUUUGACGCUGAGAGUGAAUGCCGGGGCCAUAAGGGGCACCUUGCAUCAAUACAUAGCUUUCCAGAGCACCGGUUCAUCCAGACGCUAAUAAAAAAAGUAGCUGGUGAAGGUGUUACAACGUGGCUUGGAGGCAACAGCUGUCAAGAAAGUGGAGUUUGGCUCUGGACUGACGGUUCACCACUCGAUUAUACAUACUGGGCUGAGGAGCAUCCAGCUGAGGGAAGAUGCCUGACAAUGAGUCAAGACGAUGGGCUUCUUUGGGCUGAUGAAUCAUGCGACGAUACGUCACAUGCGUAUGUGUGCACCAAGGAUCAGCAAUGAAAACUAUUUCCUCAAGCUAAACCUUGGAGUACUUGGUUAACAGUGAAACCGGCAUGUUAAACAAACAAACAAACAAACAAAAAAAAAACAAAAAACUGAAACAUCAGAGCAAUAUUCUUGUCGCAUUUAUUUCUCAGGACUAUGUCAUGAAUCAUUAUGAAAUGGAGAAUAAUUUGAGAAUUUGAGUUCACAAUGACUUUGCGAAGAAUAUGGAUGGGUGCGUGAUUGAUGGUACAUAUUGGUUAGUCAAAAGGUUCCUGAUAUGAAUCAGCAAUAACAUGACUGUGAUUCUAAUGUAAACUUUUGUAUCUGAGCUUCAGCGCAACAAUCUUGCGAGCAGCCUCCUCCUGUUCAGGUGUGAAAAAGGCGCAUUCUGCCACUGUGGUGAAGUUGUCUUCCAGUCCUGUGUGGAAAAAAAUGCAACAAUGCAAAACACAAAAUUGAGUAAGAUCAAAUGUCACUGCACUUACUGUAUAUGGUUGAAUGCAAUUGUAAUACUCAAAUAUAGUAUGUAGCAUCACAGAAAGUAUACAGUAUUAGUGUGCAAUGCCAAUGUAAGAUGAUAUGCCUGUUCUGUAGACGAAGAGUUUGAAUGAUUGAGGCCACAGCGCUUGCCACUGUUAGCCCAUGAUUUAGAACGUGCUGCACAAGUGGCUCCUGUCUCACAUCAACUAUGAGAUGCACCACUCAGCUUAUCAGAAACCUGGUUGAUCCUUUGUUGACUAAUGCAUCACACAGUUCCCUUCAUUGGAGAAAGUGAAGAUUCUUUGCAAAUUCAGGAACGAUAUAGGGAAAAAGUCUCAUGGAAAUGUAUAGAAAUAUGCUUGACAUAUUGACAACAUGUUCUACCAUUUAGCACGUAAAGACUUGUGCCAUGAGCGAACACCGAAAUGUUGUGAGAGGUACAGUAAGACUAUUCAACAAAGACCUGUGAUAAUACUGUAAUGGUUAGGAUGUGUGUGCGUUGGAGAUCUCGCGAGAGUGGUGAGGUGCCGGGUGUUUUUCAAGUUUCGGGUGAAAGGUUGUGUGUGCAACUUGAGUUUUGGAGGGAGGAACAGCAGCAGCACGUCGAAUAAA